AUGACGACUUUGCAUAAACAGAACUUUGAUCUGAAGCUCGAGCUUUUCCACAGACGCGGCCGCCAAGCCGCCUUGGAGGAAACGGUCGAGACGCUGGAGGCGGAACAGGCACGCAUGAAGGAGACUUGUGGGGAGCUAAUCCAAGAACUGGAUAAGAGGGAAAAGGCCAUUGAGGAAGCUGUCCACAUGAUCGUCUCUCUCGAGGCUCGGAUUGACUUGCUACUACGAGACAGGGAGAUGGGCCGACAACUCGACAUGAAGGAUGCCCUCGAUUCCAGACUCAACGACACAACACCAUCGGCAACAGACAUGGGCCAAGAGGAGUCACUAGCACAGAAUGAGUCACCAUCCAACGGCAGAGGCAAUGGUGCCAUCGCUCGUAUGCCCAGCUUCCUGUCUGAACGUACAGAGAACACGGAGACCCUGCGUAGUGUUUACUUGAACAAUCAGGGCAGUUUUUUGAGUCUGUCCAAGACAGACCCCAGGUUGGACAACAACGGGUAUGUCAGUCCCAGUAUGAGCGUCUUGAGUGAGACCUCCUUC